GAGAGAACCUUUACAACCGGCUCCGGUUACGUAUAGGGGAUCGGUUCACUUUGGCUUUCAAUUGAUUUUGUUCUUUCGCGGUGUCAAGUACCUUUUCUCUCAAGAAAAUUUCAAAGAAAGUGUCUCAGUUUUUUCAAGUGUUUUUUUCCUCGUCAAGAAAAACUCUCCAAGCAAGAAGCAGUUUGAUUCUAUAGCAGAUCAAUAAAAACCCCGAGCAACAAUGGCUUAUCGAAACAAUAACCGUCGCAAUGGAGGUGGUGGCAAUUUCGGCAACAACUACGGUGCUGGCCGAAUCAAUCCUUGGGACACGGGUGUGGGCGGGGGCCGUGCCAACAAUGAUGCCCUCACGUUGGCAAACAGUUUGAUCAACAAUUUACUACGCAAUCAAAACUCCAACCAGGUGCCGCCGUCGCUCCUGGACGGCGUCCAAUCGUCCCGAUUCGACGAUAUGAAUGGAUUCAACUUCAUACGGAAUCGGUAUGGCAAUAACCGUAAGAAUAACGGCCCCCAAAAAGGUGGCAUUCGUAAACCGGAUGCAUUCACCCGUUCCAAGAAUGUUCUGGCCAAAAAUUCCCAUAAUAAAAACAAAAACGAUAACAAUUCGAGCAAGAAAGAGAGCAACAAGCAGGGAGCAAAUAAGAAAGGCAACUCGAGCAACGCUGGAAACAACAAACAGUCAAAGACAUCACCUUACGCCGAUGUUUCGAACGAGUUCUUGUACUGUCACAUGUGCGACAAGCACAUGUACGAUGCGACGUCGUUCGAGAAUCACAUCACCGGUCGUACCCAUCGGGUCAUGAAGGAGAGCAUCGAGGAGAGCUACCGCAUGCGGGCCACCCUGCUCCGGCAGGAGGCUCGCAUUGCCGAGCAGCUGAAGACGAUUGAAAUCGACCGACUGAAGCGCAUGGGCAAGGCCAAGAACUACUCCAAGAUGCGCGAGUACUGUCCGAUGUGCGAGCUGUUCUUCUACGGACACAUCAUCGCUCAUCGGCGGUCCGAGAAGCAUCUGGAUCUGAAGAAGUUCUUGCACCCGAAGUGUGACGAAUGCGAACUGGAGUUCCACAACCGCACCGAGCAUGAUGACCAUUUGCUGUCUGUGGUUCACAUGAAGAAUUGCAAGACUAAACCAAGCCGACUUGACAUCGAGAAGAAAGCAAAACAAUUGAUUAUCUCCACUGCUAAUGAUGAAUUGCUAGACAUUCGUGAAGAAACGGCCCCGAAAAGUAAGAAGAAGGACAAAGAGGCUGCCUCUUCGGCAGCGAAAAAAACCGAACCAAAAGCCUCGACUGCUGCGUCCGAAUCCACGGAGAAUGGCGAUGCCGCCAAGGAUUCGGAAACAGCUGCCGAGAAGCCCGCUACGGAGGAAGGAGCUGCGGACGCCAAGAUGGAAGAAGACGUCCCGGAGGAUGAGGUCGUCAAAGAUGAAGAGAGCGAAGAUUGUAUUCUGGACUACAAGCCUGGUGAUGAAAUUUCGCCGGAAAUUGACAACAAGCUGCCACGGUACAAGAAGAACCGUGCGCUCGGCGUGAGCCUGAUUGGCAAGCUCGAGUGCCACGAGUGUCGCAUCUGCUUCAAGUACUUCGACGACGAAGCCACCGGGGAAAUCCAUGCCCGCACGCACUCCCACUAUCGUGCGUUCAUUCGCUUCCUGAACGAGAAGGCACAGGAGGUGCGUAUCGCUCAGAAGCGUGCCGCCGUCGCACUGGAAGAGGCUGAAGCCGCCAAGAAGCAGAAGCUGGCUGCCGAGGAGAAGAAAUCGGAGAACAGCGAGGCUGAGAAGAAGGAUUCAGAGCUCUACGACCCAUCGGAAGCUACUGGUGAAGAAUCCGCUGAUGCCAGCAUGGCCGACGACAGCAAGAGCGAGGAGGCCAACGGUAAUAGUGAAUCUCAGACAGAGCCGAUGGAGACGGAGAACGCCGAAGCGAAUAAGGGCGACGGGUCCGCCGCCGCGGAUGACAAAUCCACCGCCUCCUCCGGCGAUGCCAGCAAGGCCGACGAUGCCUCCAAGGAGGACGGCAAACCGGAGAAGGACGGAGAGAAAACCCCCGCCAAGAGCCGACGGGGACGUGCCGGACGUUCCGGUCGGUAUGGCGGACGUUACUAAAAAGAACCCGAAAAAAAAAGUUUAAACUCAGAUUCAUCACCAUUUUCAGCUUUUGAAGAAAUGAUAUAAAAGAAAGUUUUUUGUGCAAACUCAACGGAAAUUUUCAGAGAGGUUCUGGAAUUCAAAUACAAGUUUUAAAUACUGCAAUUGAAACCACACUAAACCACAAGACACUUUCAAAGUAUUCUUCUACUUUUAUUCUAUCCAACUUUCCAAUUCAUGAUAAAGAUCGUAAAAAAACGCAAGGCAAAUACAGCAUGUAAUUCCUUUCAAUGAAUUAACCAGUAACAUUAAUUGUAUUUAUUUGUGUUUGAUCACAUUAUUAUCAUUUUUCAUUUAUGAUUCUAGAUAGGGUGAAGCACCCACAAAGCGUACUGUUACGUGUCCGCAAUAUGUUCAUCAAUAAUUUUAUUACUAAGCUGUAACGCAAAGCAAGGAGGAAAUAAUAUGCAUAAAUAUUUAUAGACAUCCAAGAGAACAUGUUCGUUCGAUAUCUGGAAAAAUAAUCACCACAUUCAGAUCAAACAAUAUUUCUAAUAAAUGUGCACUCGAAGGCUUCUGUGUCGUCUAGGCUUUCAAUUACCAAACGCGCACGCACAACAUAAAAAGGUUCGUGCAAACAUUUAAUGCAAAUAAUUCAACAUGUCCUCGAUACUCCUGGAAGGCGGGUGCACAUUCUUACGUAUUUAUUAGUAUUUUAUGGGUAAUUGUGUAAUCUGUCAAGCAGCUGAUCCAACUGAUAGGCAGCAUGCGACAUAUUUAAUGAAACAAGAAGUAUAAUAUAUUCUCUGAAAUGUAAGCAAAACAAAAUCAUGUUUAACAUACAAACACUAAAUUCUCGGUAUCGUUAAGUAAUCCAACCACUAAAAUAACAAUGAAAAAGAAAAAUGUAAUUGUAUUUCACAAAAAAAAACUGUAGUAGCAUUGUUGUGAGGAGAGUUGAAACCUCUGCAGUAAAAAAUAAUUGCUUCUCUUUGUGUAGUUACAGCAAAAGCAAAAACACUUAAACUAUUGUGCAUCAAAUUUAAUGAGUUUUUCUCUGCAAUAUUCUGACAGAAGAGAAUUUAUUUGUAUCUUUGGAUGAACCAGCAAACAAUGCGGACAGUUUAGCCAGAUCCAGUUUAGACAUUCUCGAUGUACACUCAAGUAGCUUCAGUCGAAACUUAUUCUCUGGGUGCCACCCGAAGGUGUAUGGUGAAAACACAAGAAAGGUCUGCUGUAGCCGAAGACGAGCUGACACCGCGUUGCAUGCCAAUGGUCGUAGCAAUACAUUCGUUCAAAAGAAACCUGAUGAAGAAUUUUGUGGGAUAAAGAUGUUUGAGAUUCAGAGAAAAAUUAGUUAUUAGCAGCAUGCAUCCGUCAAUGCAUCCCUUAAAAAUAUUGCGAGUAAAAGAUAUUCAAAAAUAAUAUUCACAGCAAGCAGAACAAAUAGAAGAAUGAUAUAUGAAAAUACACGCGCCAUCACUGAUAAAACUAAAAGCAACCGUGAAAAAAAAACAAAUACAAGCAAACAAAACAGGUAAUUGAGCAUAAAUUGUAAAACCGAGAUUGAUCUUCUAGUGAUUGACUAAAAUAAAUCGAACAAAAAUCUGAGUUUAAAACAAAA